AUGGAACUCAACCGAGAACAUUUUCGCGCCAUAAUUUAUUACAACUUCCAGAGACAAUUAUCGCAACAAGAAUGCCUUGCUGAGUUACUGUCUGUUUUCGGCAACGAAGAGCCACAUCAGUCGACAAUUUCCCGUUGGUAUGGAGAAUUCAAACGUGGACCUAGAGAAAACGUCGAUGCUGUGCGCAAACUCAUCAUUGAAGAUAGACAUGUGACAUAUCGCGAGAUUGAGGCGUCCUUGAAGAUCUCAAAGACCGCAAUUCAAAAAAUUUUCCAUGCAGAAUUAGGAGUAAGAAAAUUAGUUUCUCGUUGGAUACCCCCACCUUGGGGUCAUAUUGCAACAAUUCCUCUUGAUGAGCAAAGGACUGUUACUGUGUAUACCACCAUUUCUUCGAAAAAUCAACCCCCAAGAAGAAUCAUCCUCCACCAAGUCAAUGCAAGCUCGCACACAGCCCAAAAAAUAAGGCAGUAUUUGACGGAAGAAAACGUGGGAUUAUUGGACCAUUCUCCAUAUAGUCCUAACGAUUUCUUUACUUUCCCGAAAAUUAAAAACAGACUGCGUGGUCAAAGGUUCCAGUCACCAGAAGAAGCUUGGAAUAAGUGCUUCGAAAAUUGGUUCGAGCGCAUGCUGAUUCGACGUACUGUCCAACGGAUUCUAAAGGCCCAUAGUUUUCCUCCAUAUAAAAUUCACCUGGUACAAGAACUUAAUGAAGACGAUUUUAAUCGGCGAUUACAAUUUUGUGAAGAUAUGAUAAAUCGUCAUAAAUGCCGAUAUUGGUCCGAUUCUAAUCCCAGAAUUUAUCAUGAGGUUCAUACACAGCAGCCACAAAAAUUAAAUGUUUGGGCUGACGCCAUAGAUCCUGCAUUAACAGCCAUAAUUGAAAGUCAGAGUCAGGAUGGUGCCCCACCACAUUACGCAUUAUGUGUUCGACAAUAUUUAGAUCAGACGUUUCCAGAUCGAUGGACUGUUAGCGGAUAUUCAUUUGUGUAUGGCUUUGUAAAUGGAAACGCAGCAGAAGCAGCCAGAGAAUACGCACGAAGAUUUCCAAACAGACGACAUCCAACUCGCUCAGUAUUUGUAAGAGGGCAUCGCCAAAUAAUUGAAAAUGGUUUUGGAAAUCUCCAAAGGGAUCAAAACAUAAAUGUUCGUCAGCGCAGAUUUACCCGUAUGAUUCUGCGUGAGUUUGAUAGAGAUCCGACCACAAGUGUUAGGAGAGUUUCUGGUGCCUUGGGAAUUUCAGCAAGCCAUGUUCACCGACUACAGCCAGGGGACGGAGAACGAAGAAUCACAUUUUGUCAGUGGAUUCUUGAUAGAACUGAUAAUAAUAGGGAGCUUUUAAGUAACGUUUUAUGGACCGAUGAGUCAUGCUUCACUAGACGUGGAGUGGUAAAUUUUCAUAAUCAACAUAUUUGGUCGCAUGAAAAUCCGCAUGCAGUUCGGGAAAGAAAUUUUCAACAUGAAUUUAGUGUGAACGUGUGGAUUGGUAUCUACCGUAAUCGACUAUUUGGACCCUACCUCUUGCCUGCAAGGUUAAAUGCUGCGACCUUCUUGGAAUUUUUAAAGGCUGAAGAUGCAAAUAUUUUGGAUGAUGUUAUGUUAGAUUUAAGAAGAUUGGCCUGGUUCCAGCUUGAUGGUUGUCCAGCUCAUUAUUCGAGAACAGUUAGAAACUGGCUGGACGAACAUUAUCCAGAAAGAUGGAUCGGCCGUGGAGGACCAGUCGCCUGGCCUCCACGAUCCCCUGGCGUAAAUAGAUUAGAUUUCUUUGUGUGGGGAGUUCUAAAAGAAAAAGUGUACCAGACUCCCGUAACCACAAGAGAUAUGCUAAUAGACAGAAUCAGGAAUGCAUGUGUUGAAAUAAGGCCUUAUUUGAAUAAUGCUAUACCACGUUCGAUCAUUCGUAGAUGUGAAUUGUGUAUUGAACAAUUGGGUUUAUAUUUCGAGCAACUACUUUAG